AUGCGCCGGGCUGGGGAUGGAUUCAUCCCUCUCGAUGCAGUGGAGCCUGCUGUAACAUCUUACGUGAACAUCUGGACUCCCUUGUUCAAGUCUGCGCAGGAAAGUGGUCUGGCUCCGGAGUUCUUGAUUCACUGGGGCCAUGCUGGUGCCAUGGCCAUGGUCCUCUUGGCAAUGGGAGGCUAUGGCACGUUCUUAGGCUGGGCCACACGUCUUGGCAACGGAGCCACAGUGUACCCGCUGAGUAUUGGUAAGACUGCAGCGGAGCUCCAUCCAGUGCUCAUGGGUGCCGCCCUCUUCUUCUUCUUCCUUGGUGGUCAGGGAGGCCUUGUACUUCUGGCAACUCAGGGACAGCCCAUUCUGCAGUCGGCCCACUCUUCCACAGCGGUGAUUGGACUGCUGCUCAUGUCGGCGCAGGCAGUUAUUGGUCUGACAAUGGGGGACUCCGCAGGCAAGCGAACCGCGCACGCUCUGCUGGGCACUUCGGUCAUGGGGGUCUUGCUCGUGCACCUCUACUUUGGCCUCAACCUGGGCUUCAGCAUCUAG